ACAGGGACUAAGUGGCAGAAAGCAAACAUUCGUUCUGGUCUGGCCUACAUUGACAGCACUCUGCGUGCCCACCCCUGGCUACUUGCCGUGUCUGGUGUGUUUCUGGGAAGCUUAGUUAACGCUGGCUUGAGUGGAAAUCAAUUUCCCAUCUGGAGAAGGCCAUGGCUGUGGUUCUGACGAUGCCGUCUUCUAAAGCGCUAACGAGAUGCGAUAUGCUUCUGAGAAACAUAUGUGGGUUUAUCACCAAAGACCCAGGAGUUCGUACGAAGGCAGAGCGAAUUGUUGGCUGCAGUUUUUCCACCACUUGUGCCAAGAAUGCGCGCUUUUUCAGCGACCCUAUAGAGGCGGUUGGAGAUAUCCCAGACGGGUCCACGCUACUUGUGGGAGGAUUCGGCUUGUGUGGGAUACCGGAGAACCUGAUCAAUGCUCUACUGAGAACAGGGGUGAAAGGUAUCACAGCCGUGAGCAACAACGCAGGAGUGGACAAUUUUGGACUCGGCCUUCUGCUGAGAACCAAGCAGAUAAAGCGGAUGAUCUCGUCGUACGUGGGGGAAAAUGCGGAAUUUGAGAGACAGUAUUUGUGUGGAGAGCUGGAGGUGGAAUUGACCCCUCAGGGCACUCUGGCGGAGAGGGUGCGUGCUGGAGGGGCCGGCAUUCCAGCCUUCUUCACGGCCACUGGCUACGGCACGCUGGUCCAGGAGGGAGGGGCUCCAAUCAAGUACAACCAGGACGGCACCGUGGCCCUGGCCAGCCAGAGGAGACAGGUGCAGCAGUUCCAUGGGAGGCAUUACGUGCUGGAGAAAGCCAUCACUGGGGACUAUGCCCUAAUCAAGGCCUGGAAAUGUGAUAAAGCCGGCAACCUGGUCUUCAAGAAAACGGCUCGAAACUUCAAUCAACCCAUGUGCAAGGCAGCUAAAACAACAGUCGUGGAGGUAGAGGAAGUGGUGGACAUUGGGACGUUUGCCUCUGAGGAUAUCCACGUGCCAAGCAUUUAUGUGGACCGCAUAGUCACUGGAGCCAGCUACGAGAAGAGAAUAGAGAAAAGGACGGUGCGAACAGCUGAAAACCAGCAGAUAUCCAAACAGAAGAAAGACUCCGACAUCACACGAGAGAGGAUCAUCCGGCGUGCUGCCCUUGAGUUUGAAGAUGGAAUGUAUGCAAACCUUGGCAUCGGAAUCCCCAUGAUGGCCAGCAACUACAUCAGCCCCGACAUCACUGUACACCUGCAGAGUGAGAACGGCCUUCUGGGACUGGGCCCCUAUCCUACUGAAAGUGAGGUGGAUCCAGAGCUGAUCAAUGCUGGAAAGGAAACCGUUACAGUUCUGCCAGGGGCUGCCUUCUUCUCCAGUGACGAGUCCUUUGCCAUGAUCAGAGGCGGUCACAUAGAUCUGACUAUGCUGGGGGCCAUGCAGGUGUCCAAGUACGGAGAUCUCGCCAACUGGAUGAUCCCUGGGAAGAUGGUGAAGGGAAUGGGAGGAGCCAUGGACCUGGUGUCCAGCGCAGGAACCAAAGUGGUGGUCACCAUGGAACACUCAGCCAAGAAUGGGAAACACAAAAUACUGGACAGCUGUUCCCUGCCCCUGACUGGCAAGCACUGUGUGGAUCGCAUCAUCACAGAGAAGGCUGUUUUUGAUGUGGAUCAGACAUCUGGCCUUACCCUAAUAGAGAUUUGGGAAGGCCUAACUGUGGAUGACAUCCGCUCCUGCACAGGCAGUGACUUUAAGGUGGCAGCAAACCUGAGGCCAAUGCAGCAAAUCUGAUGCGUCCCUGAGAUCUGCCUGGCCCUUACAUAGCCAUGGAAAAUGCUGACAUCCCCUUUUUUUAUUGGGCACCCCAGAGUAGUUACUAUAUUAUUCAACCCAUAUGAAUUAAAGUUAAACCAUAUGGGACACAUGACCACAAUUACCUACUUUUCAAUAUAUUUCAUGUGGAACAUCUUGGUGGGGUUUCUGUGGUUUUAAGAUGAAAACUGGAACAUGACAUGCAUACCACAGGGUGAAAGCCAGGAGAGGCAACUUUAGAGCUCUGUUACAUAACAUUAUAUGUACAUCUUGAACUCUGCAUGAAGUUACUGCUUUUAUGAAGGGCAUUUAUUGAUUUUUUUUUUAAUGCAUUUAUUUUUCGUAGAAAUAUAUUAUAUGACUGUUUUAUAUGGAUGUGGGCGGGAGACCCAUUCAUAUUAAAAGAUGAACUUGAUCAACCUACCUCAGUGUAGUGAAUUUUGGGUCAUACAGUUUGGGUAAUGGAAAAGCCUGAAAUGCUAAGGCACUGCCAAAACUUCAAGUACAAGCUUACUCAUGAACAGGUCAAGAACAAGUCUGAUGGUGAUGGAAAUAUGUGAAAUAAUUGUUUGUGUAUACUGUGUAAAUUGACAUUUUUGUCAGAAUUUUGAAACACUUUAUCAAUAAAAUUAUUCUGUUGCAA